AAACAGCACUGUCUUUCGAGUGGCCCAGCCAAGAGAGAGAAGCCAUUGGUCUUCGCUCUGAGCAGGGGGCGGGGCACAGCCUUCGGAACCAGCACCCGGACGAGGGUCUCCGAGACAGCCGAACGGCACCGCAAAGAGCCGAAUAGAGCCAAGGAGACCCGAGUACGACCGGAGCAGCGCAGGCUGGCCGGAAGCGGAGCCGAGCGCAGCCGGAAGGAGCCGAGCGUGCCCGAAGGGUCUGUGCGCGGCGGGGCGUUGGCCGGGCCAAGCCCGAGCCAUGGCGGCUGAGGGGACAGAAGUGGCCGGAGGCGGGGCUGUUGGAGGCCGCCUGGCCAAGGACAGCUUGCCUCCGAACCGGAGGCGCGGCUCGGCGCGGUCGCGAGACGCCGAGCGCCGAGCCUACCAGUGGUGCCGGGAGUACUUGGGCGGGGCCUGGCGCCGAGUACGGCCGGAGGAGCUGAGGGUUGACCCCGUGAGCGGAGGCCUCAGUAACCUGCUCUUCCGCUGCUCGCUGCCUGACCACCUGCCCAGCGUUGGCGAGGAGCCCCGGGAGGUGCUGCUGCGGCUGUACGGGGCCAUCCUGCAGGGAGUGGACUCCUUGGUCCUUGAAAGUGUGAUGUUCGCCAUCCUUGCAGAGCGGUCACUGGGGCCCCAGCUCUACGGAGUCUUUCCAGAGGGCCGGCUGGAACAGUACAUCCCAGUACGAGCCCGGCCCCGACCUUCCCGAAGCAUCUCCUUCCCCAGCCCCUAUUCCCCUUCCCAAUGUCUGCCUUCACAUCCCUCACCCCAGAGCCGGCCACUGAAGACGCAUGAACUUCGAGAGCCCGUGUUGUCCGCAGCCAUCGCCACGAAGAUGGCCCAGUUCCAUGGCAUGGAAAUGCCUUUCACUAAGGAGCCCCACUGGCUAUUUGGGACCAUGGAGCGGUAUUUAAAGCAGAUCCAGGACCUACCCCCCACUGGCCUCCCCCAGAUGAACCUGCUGGAGAUGUACAGCUUGCAGGACGAGAUGGGCAGCCUCAGGAAGUUGCUAGACUCUACCCCAUCACCAGUGGUCUUCUGCCACAAUGACAUCCAGGAAGGGAACAUCUUACUGCUCUCAGAGCCAGAAAACGCUGACAGCCUCAUGCUGGUCGACUUCGAGUACAGCAGUUAUAACUACAGGGGCUUUGACAUUGGGAACCAUUUUUGUGAGUGGGUUUACGAUUACACUCACGAGGAGUGGCCUUUCUACAAAGCGCAGCCUGCAAACUACCCCACCCGGGGACAGCAGCUCCAUUUUAUUCGCCACUACCUGGCGGAGGUAAAGAAAGGUGAGACCAUCUCCCAAGAGGAGCAGAGGAAACUGGAAGCAGAUUUGCUGGCAGAGGCUAACCGGUAUGCUCUGGCAUCUCAUUUCUUCUGGGGUCUCUGGUCCAUCCUCCAGGCAUCCAUGUCCACUAUAGAAUUUGGUUACUUGGAGUACGCCCAGUCUCGAUUCCAGUUCUACUUCCAGCAGAAGGGACAGCUGACCAGCUUCCACCCCUCAUCCUGACUGUCCACCUCCCAACUCCUUGGAUUUCUCCUGGAGCCUCCAGGGCAGGACCUUGGAGGGAGGGACAAAGGGGAGGCCCUGGGGACUGGGCUGAGCACGAGUGAGACUGGGGUUGAGGAGGCUGACCUCCCCCACCCACCCACCCACCCCCACGUUUGAGCAGGUCCCCACCGCAGGCAAGUGGGCAGAAGCCCUGGGAUGUGUACCGUAAGACAAUAAACUAGCUUCUUUCUUCA